AAAUCGGUUAAAAUCUUUUAACCUAAAUGGUUCUAGUUUAGAGCUUUCGCCGUCGCUUAUCUCACUCCUACUCAGAUGACAGUCAGCUGGUGACUUUAGAUGCUAACGAGUAGCAAUGCUAACAAGAAGCGGACGCCGAACAGACUUUCUCAACAUUUGGACGUCCUUUUAUUCAGUCGAACCAGGCUUGAAGGUAUUAAACAACGCAGGGCAAUGUGGACGGACAAGCAACGAGGGAUCCGACUGUCUCAGCACGAACUCCUGUGCAAGAACUCCUGUGGUUACUAUGGGAACCCCGCAUGGCAGGGCUUCUGCUCCAAGUGCUGGAGGGAGCGGGUCCGGCCUGCUGAAGCCCGCCGACUAGACACCAGAGAGAGUGGUGAAGUCACGACACCCACCUUCUCCAAAUUUGAAGAAAAGAAGAAUAUGGAGAAGGGUCGUCGUAUCAACACCAUGAGAAGAUUGUUCUGGGGUGGCCCAUCCCCUCCCAAACAACCUUCCGACAGCCAGAUGAAUGCGUUGAAAGCCUUCCAGAAGCUGGAACCCGGAGACUUCACCGGUUUCUUAAAAACACUCCGCAGCCCGUCCUGCCAGCGUCUGCAGUCUCGUUGCACAGCCUUCCUCAACACAAUGGAGGCCUAUCAUGCUCUGCAGGUGCAGAAGCAGUCCGACCUCGUGCAGGACUUCUACCAGUCGUUUGCUGAAUAUUUCACCAGUUUUUCAGAAGCCGAGCUCACUCGGACGAUGGAGCAUGUGGAGAAGCUCAUUAUGACGCGCUUGCACAAGUGGGUCUUCUGCCAUGACAGCUGUGACGAUGAACAGAAGGACCUGACUUUGCAGAGGAGGAUACGUUCUUUAAACUGGGUCACCCCGCAGAUGCUCAGCGUACCUUUCCCAGAAAUGCAGAGCACCAUCACGGGGGACCCCUUUCUUCCGGCCAUAACGGCAAUUAUCGAGAUGGACGCCAAGCGGGCACCUCAGGACAAGCUAGUGUGUGUGUCCAAGUGCAGCCAGCACGUGUUCGAGGCGCUCUCGACCUCCAACAGCGAGCCGGCCAACGCCGAUGACUUCCUGUCCGCUCUGGUCUACGUGGUGCUCAAGGCCAACCCGCCUCGCCUGCACUCCAACAUGCAAUACGUUAUCCGUUUUGGCCUCCCGCAGAGUCUCAUGGCUGGAGAGAGCGGCUACUACUUCACCAAUCUGUCCUGUGCAGUGGCUUUCAUUGAAAAACUGGAUGGACGCUCGCUCAACCUCAGCCCGGAGGAGUUUGAGGGCUACAUGCGUCGGGGACGGGCCCCAGCGGCAGCCAGCGGGGUGCAGGCCGCGGCCUGUGAGACGCGCCACUUGCUGGACGAGCUGAUGUCACGACAGGAGCGACUGGACCAUGGAGUGGACGCCCUCAAUGUGCAGCUGCAGACCUGGGUGCAGGCAGUUCAUGCGCAGAUAGACCAGGCAACAUCCCAGCUGGCUUUGGUACAAGAAGAAGUGACCGAUAUCUCUUUAUCAGCGUCAUCAUCCACCUCAUCUGAUUCAGCGGAAAUAGAGCAUUUGAUUCUUACAGAUGAACAUGUAGGGUCUCCAGAUACAGACUGUUAAUCCCAAUCUCAAAAGGUACUUGUUGUAUUUUUAAUUGCUCUGCAAUAACUUCAUUACUUGAUCACAAAAGCACAGGUUGUACUUCCACUUUGUAUAUGUGAAUCGUUUGCACUUGUUUGCUAAGGGUGUGGGCAAAAUGAAGGAAGUUUUAAAUACAUUCCGUGAUGACCAGCAACUGUGAUAAUGUAGACCUCAGCCUUAUUUGUUUUCCUAAAAAAUAUUUAUAAUAUAAUAAAUAUAUAUGUAUUAAAUACAUUUGUAAAAAUUUAAGAUGGUCUAUAAUACUGCUAAUGGGGUUGUGAAAGAAUUAAGAAAUAACUCGUACUUGUAAUUGCACUGUUUACAUGCAUAUUUUCGCUUUUGAAGGGUUUCCAUAAUAAAGAAAAUUAAGACUUUA